AGGGACAACUUUGGAGAAAUACUAUCUAGUGUAUAGAUCAAGGUAGUUUGACAACAUCAAAAAACUCAAUACUUAUUGUAACCACAUAAGUUAUUGUAGAAGCAGCACACCACCCGAUGAGUCACAAAGAGCAAGAAAGCCGUAUAAGGCAAAAGCAAUCCAAACGGUGCUGCUCUUCUCCGUAUGUAGCUCUGGCCUCUACCCCAGAUCGCCAUUUCUCGUUUGGUAACAAACGCGUCCUCUCACUAAUGACGGCCCGUGCUGCGUUCAAACCGCCCCGUUUCGUCAGAAAAGAUGGCCUGGUGCCGCUGCCAUCGCCUGUCCCGCCACUGAAGUCUCCAAAUGCUCCAAAACCUGCAAUUUCUCCGUCAAUUACAACCGAUUCCCUGGAGGAGGCACCACGCGCUGCGAUUCCAGUCAAGAGAAAGGCUGCUGUUCGUUUGACCACCAAAAGACCGGCUCUUCACCGUCCAGCUCCGUCUCCAGCUGUGACUUCUGUCACUAGCACCACUGGUCAGCCAAGAGACCGUUAUGUGGUGCAAUGGCGCAAAAGGUCCACCAAGAAGAACAAGACCUGGGAAGGCGAUGGCCAUCUCACAGUAACCCACGCUGAUGGCUCUGCCUUGCUCGUAUUCAAGGACUCGUCGGGCAAACAGUUGGGCAAGAAGUCGGUGGCCUAUAAGCCCGAGCUUCUCGACGAAAUCAUCGCCAUUGGCCAGUUUGAGUUGGAGGUGGACUGCAAAAUAGACUCGAUAGAGGAUGUUGCCCACGAAUCCACCCCAGCACCCGUCCCUAUGAUGGAACCUACCCCGUUCAAGAAGGUGGCCCCUCCAAUAGUGCCCGGGGCUGAGGAGCCUGUGAUCUCGAACAACGUACCUGAACCUGAGGAAACCCCAUCAAUUCUCAUGCCUAAUCCCCCCAAUGUACUGGACUUUAAGCCUGUGGAGCUCGAUCACAGCCUCGCAUCCAAGUUGAGGCCCCACCAAGUCGAAGGUGUGCGCUUCAUGUACGAAUGUCUUCUUGGGUUCCGAGAUUUUGCCGGAACUGGAUGUCUUUUGGCGGAUGAAAUGGGAUUGGGAAAAACCUUGAUGACUAUCACUAUAAUCUAUACCCUCUACAAACAAAGCCCGUUCCGAAACAUCAGGUCCCUGGCGAGCAAGAUCCUUAUUUGUUGCCCGGUAACCCUUAUUAAUAACUGGAAACAAGAGUUCAAAAAAUGGUUGGGUUUGAACAAAAUCCAAAUCUUGACUUUGGGAGGAAACUCAGGUAACGCUUCUAUCUCAGAUAAGCAGAACCUCGUGAGCUUUGGUAAACUAAAUGUAUACCAGGUGUUGAUUAUCAAUUAUGAAAAGGUAUCCACAUAUUUUGAGGAAUUAUCAGCAAUAAACUUUGAUCUACUUGUGUGUGAUGAGGGCCACCGUCUCAAGAGCAAAACCAAUAAAGUGCUCAAUCAUUUGACCAAUCUCAAAAUCCCCAAGAAAAUUCUUUUGACUGGUACGCCAAUACAGAAUGACUUGGUAGAAUUUUUCACUAUCAUUAAUUUCUUAAAUCCUGGUGUGCUAGGAGAUUUCAAAUCGUUCCAACGUGAUUUCAUAAAUCCUAUUUUGAGAUCAAGAGAUGUAAAUUGCUAUGAUCCUGACGUGAAAAAAACUGGAGAAAUAAUUUCUAACAGGUUGAUUACCAUUACCAAGCAAUUCAUCUUGAGAAGAACUCAGUCUAUAUUGUCAAGCUAUUUGACUUCCAGAACUGAUGUCGUUCUCUUUGUGCCACCUACAGAAGUACAAACCAGGCUAUUCGACUACAUCACACGACUCAAAAAGUUUAACCAAUUAUUGAAUGAUAGCUCAAACCAAGCAUUCACCUUGAUUAAUCUCUUCAAGAAAAUUUGCAAUUCAUCAGCCUUAUUAAAAGAUGAUCAAUUUUUUACCUCAUUAACAAAAGACGAUACCGAGUUCCAAGCGGCAUUCCCUUCAUCCACUCUCAGUACUUCCUCAGGAAAAAUUAACAUUCUUAUACCAUUAUUACUUGAGACUGUUGCCCUCGAUGAGAAAGUGGUCUUGAUUUCAAAUUAUACCCAAACGUUGGACCUUUUGGAAUUGAUUCUCAAUAAACUAAACCUCAAAUUUUUGCGAUUAGAUGGAUCGACUCCAAAGAACUUACGCUCAAAACUUGUAAGUGAGUUCAAUAAGGCAUCUGCAAAAGCUAUACCCAUUUUCCUUUUAUCCUCAAAAUCUGGUGGGAUGGGGAUUAAUCUAGUUGGUGCAUCGAGAUUAAUUUUAUUCGAUAAUGAUUGGAAUCCUUCUGUUGAUUUACAAUCGAUGGCUAGAAUUCAUCGAGAUGGUCAAUCAAAGCCAUGUUUCAUCUAUAGAAUAUUGACUACUGGCUGCAUUGACGAAAAGAUCUUUCAAAGACAACUCAUGAAGAAUAAUUUAAGCUCAAAGUUCCUCGACGAUGACUCUGAUUCGAAGUCAGACGUCUUUGAUUCUGUUGACCUAAAGAAUUUAUUUGAAAUUGACAAAACCACCAACUCCAACACUCAUGAUCUUUUGGAAUGCGAUUGUGAAGGAAAAGGAGACAAUGCAAGCUUCGAGGAGCCGGAUACUGAUGAGGACGAAGGUAGCUCUUUGAGACUGAAUUCGUGGGUUUCUGCUUUAGAUCUCAAAAAACAAGUCGAGGAAAGUAAGCAGGCAUCUGCUAUAUCAAUUAAACAUGCUUUACAUGAUUAUAUACACUAUGAUCCCCGUGUUAAUACCAAUGUCCAGAGAAUCAAUGAUCCAGUUCUCUGUAACAUACUUCAAAACAAAAACUUCAUGGACAGAAGAAUGUUGAGCUAUAUUAUGAUGAAGGCCUCCGGUAACGAUUAGACAAAACUAGCAUGAGAUCUCUUAAAAUUUUCUACAUAUAGACAAAUUAAUCUGCA